AUAUUGAAUUCGAGCUCCCUGAAAUUCGUUCGGCCGGAAUGUGAAUCCGUGCGUUCGGAAAUGGUCACCUGUGAUAACUGCGGUACCGAGGGCCAAUUCAGGGUGGUCUCGGGAUUUUACUACUGCAAUGUUUGCGAUACACAAAGUCAGCACGCAGUUGAGGAGGAGAUUGAAGUUGCCUUCGACGAUGGCGAUAAAGGCCCGCAGGGCCGCGUCGUGGGUGCUCGCGCGAAAAGGAGGGGGGUGUCGAAGCGUCUUCGAGCUUACAGGAGGCUGAAUCUUCUCAACGAUCUCCUCCGAAAGCAGGUAGACGACCUUCUACACCUAGGGGCACCGCCGAGAUUCAAGGUGGCCGUCAUGGAACUUUGGUUCAAAUACAUACACGUACUAGAGCUAGAUUGCGAACCCUACGGCAAGCUGCCACCGUACUGUCUUCACGAAGAAUACGAAAUGGCAAUCAAAAGGAUCGAGGAGGAAUCCUUCAGUUUGAAGACAGCAACCUAUAAUCAUAUCCCGAUGCGAGCGAAAACUGUGAAAAGUCAGAAGGCUGGCAAUAAGUCUAAGGAAAGGCACCCGCUUUACGGAUACCAGGCGCCGAAAAACAUCCGUUUGGACCCGAGUGGACUCAGUGCGGUCGUCAGUAAUCUUUCGGCCGCGGAUCAAGGUCGAAUCUCCCCAUCCGCUUCGUCCGUGCGAUCUUCGUCGAACGCGACAGAUGUCGAGGCUUCGACGACGGCAGGAAUAGAGCAGCACUCUGGGUUCGGUUUUGGCACUCAGGACACGAGCCUCCUCGAAUCCUUCCAAAAGUGCGAGGACGUUAAGCAUUUCAAGGAAGAGGCGCAAGACAUGGGCUCCUUCUCCUUCAUGGGCACCCACGAAGACUCGAUUCCCACCGGAGGAACCUCUCUCCAUACACCUCAAGAUCUCGAGGGUAAUGGCGAGGAGACCUUCCAAGCUUCGGCUGAUAUUUCGCAGCAACAGGUUGGACCGCUCAUCGAGGAAGUCGACCUAACAUCAGAAAUAGCUUACAAAUUGCGAGCCCACAUGGCAGAGAGGGACGUGGACGUGAUUGAGUAUUACGUCGAGUCUGUCCUCCAGAUGCAUAGUCAUUGUCUUGUGAUGAUCCUCUAUCUCGGCUUGAUACGUGCCAAUGUAUAUCACAUAGGAGCCGUGGAUCUCUAUAGGUUCAUUCGGCAGAAACAUCUGACCUACUUCGACGCUCGAGAGUCGGCAUCAGACGAACUGCUGAAGGCCCGCCGGAGAAUUUUCCAUGCAAUGUUCCUACCGGAGAUACUGCCCGUGAAUAUCACUGAUGGAGCUCUCCUCAAGUCUUGCGCGAUAAUUUGCGGCCUUUUGGACAUUCCGCGACUCAAAAUGCCGGACUUGAAUUUUUUCAUCGCCAGGAUCUGUCUCGACCUAAAUCUUCCAAGGGAUUUCAUCGCUCAUGCCACAGCAUAUGCGAGGCGAAAUUGUUUACAGCCCACAUGGGAAGCUACGGGGGACACGGAGUUUCCCUUUCUACGAAUUAACGCCCUACCUCAUAUGGAAGUAGAGGCUUGUGCUGUCAUAAUGGUCAGUCUCAAAUAUUUGUUCGGCAUAGACGGACGUGAGGAAUACAAAAACUCUUUGGGCGCCGAGCUUGAGUCUUGCAAGGGAAAUCAGAAAUACUUCGUGAUCUCACGCUGGCUGACCCAGUUGUCGAGGAGGGCUCAUUAUCUCCGGAGACGAGGAGAAUUCUAUAACUCUACCGCAAUAGAUUUCGAACAUAUGAAGAGCGCAGGAUACCUGUUGCAUCGCGAGGCCAAGAGAAGAGAUGACUUUUACGCCCGUGGGAUGAAUUGUAGACGUGUUCAACGAUUCCUUGAUGAUCUCAACAUUCCAAACAGAGUUCAUCCGAUCAAGUUGACUCCAUCGAGUUUUCCAAUGAAGAGCACCCUCGAGCAGCUCCUGAGAAACGACAAUGCUAAAGAUACUCUCGGACUCCUGGAAGACAUGACCGACCUGAAGCUCUUCCGGGGACCUUCACCCCGUCCGUACAUUAAAGCGGCUGCUCGCCAGAGUAAAUUCUACCAAAAAAUACCGAAGCCCAACCCGUCUUCAACUGCCCUCGAUGGAAGCACUGCAGCCCCGUCGGAAAAUCUUCUGAUUCUGAUGCAAAUACUGGGCGAGUACUGUCUCUCAAGCGCCCUAAAGCUCCAUUGGGCGCUGAUGAGAUUGGAACGCAAAAUUAUAGGACCUGGUCGAUAG